AUGUCACCGCUUGCUACUGUCGGUAUCAUCUCCAUUGGAGAAAUGGGUAUGGGUGUUGCAAAGUUACUCAUUGCCCAUAAUUAUCGAGUUGUGACGAAUAUUGAGGCUCCUGCGACUGCUCGCUCAGUCGCUUCUCAUAUUAGUGACACAUCACCAUCCAUCAGAUUCAUCGACGGCGGAAUCAUUGGUGGUGCACCUAAACUUAGAAACGAUACCACUACUCCUAAUACCACGGCAUCUAUAGAUCCAGACUUAGAACAUGCUUGGAGCCGUCCUUCGAUUCCCAUCUCCGGACCUCAUGAACUUUCCAAAGCUCCUGUUUACAGCCUAUGUAUUCAAGCAUUCACAUCGGCUCAAAGAUUGGGCGUCCUGGGAGAAUUGGAGAAAGAGAUGAGCGAAAGAGUACCUGGGUUAUGGAAAUCAGUAAAUGGAGGAAUCACAGGGAUGCCCCCAAAAGCCUAUAGAUGGGUAAGAGAAAUGGAGGAAAUCGGAAUAUGUCACGGGGAAACAGGAUUUUCAGGCGGAGAAUCCACCGACGGAAAAGGAGAGGGCGGAAAGGGUAUCUUCGGAGAGAUAGCCGACGUUUACCGAACUGUCGUGGAUGAAACAGUUCUCGGAGAGGAAAAAACAGAAAAGAGAAAAAGAGGAAAGACGUUAGAAGAUGUGGCUCAAUGUAUGACCGAGGGGCUCGCAAGCAAGAGAGUAAAGAAGGAAUAA